AUGAGCACGGAUAGCCAGAGCAAACGGCUGCCAUUUCUGCCAGCUGUCAACCGUUGGGCGAGCAACUCCGUACAAAGAGCGCCCAUCCUCGACUCCCCUCACAGGAGCCACAUACCCCGGAUUCUCGAUAGGACACCGUCGAUCAUGGCUGACGACCGCAAGGAAACCGCCGUCGAGCACUCGGCUGACUCCAAGGAGUUUGCUCACAACGUCGACGACGUUGACAAUGGCCCCGUCGGCUCACCGGCUCGUCCCGCUGGCUGGAUGUACAAGGGCUUCACGCCCUUUGGCCGCAAGAUGGAGCUUUGGUAUGCAUCGCCCAAGGUUCAGCUGCUCAUGAUCUCGUUCGUCUGCUUCCUCUGCCCUGGCAUGUUCAACGCCCUCAACGGUCUUGGUGGCGCUGGCCUCCCGCCUGAGAAGGCUUACGUCGGUGCCAACUGCAGUGUCGCCCUGUAUUCCACAUUUGCCGUCUUUGGUUUCUUCGCUGGUACUAUUACCAACCGUCUCGGUCUCCGUCCUUCUCUUGCCUUUGGUGGCAUCGGCUACUGCAUCUAUGCCGCUUCCUUCCUCUCUUACAAGCACACCGCCAACGAGGGCUUCGUUUACUUUGCUGGUGCUUUCCUUGGUGUUUGCGCCGGUAUUCUCUGGUGCGCCCAAGGUGCUAUCAUGAUGGCCUACCCUCGCGAGGAAGCUAAGGGUCGUUACAUCUCCAUCUUUUGGAUCAUCUUCAACUUUGGUGGUGUUAUCGGAUCUCUCAUUCCUCUCGCCCAGGCUGUCAACGACAAGUUUUCUGACCAAGCCUCUGAUGGUGUCUACGUCGCCUUCAUCAUCCUAAUGGCUAUCGGCGCCGCGCUUUCCUUCGGCCUCUGCAACGCCGACAAGGUUGUUCGUGAGGACGGCAGCAAGGUUAUUGUGAUGAAGAACCCUACCUGGGCGUCUGAGCUUCGCGGUCUCUGGGACACCCUGUACCAGCAGCCCUGGAUUCUUCUGCUGUUCCCCAUGUUCUUCUGCUCCAACAUCUUCUACACCUACCAGAACAACGGUGUCAACGCCGUUGCCUUCAACGCCCGUACUCGAGCUCUCAACGGCCUUCUUUAUUGGCUUGCCCAAAUUGUUGGUGCUGUUAUCAACGGUUUCGCCCUCGACUACAAGGGCGUAAGGCGCUCUACGCGCGCGCGCUUGUCUCUUAUCUUCCUCAUCGCCUGCACCUUCGGAAUCUGGGGUGGUGGCUGGGCUUGGCAGAAGGCCCAGCCUACACGACAGUGGUAUGCUGCCAACCCCAAGGCCCCCAAGCUUGACUGGUCCGACGGCGGCGAGUUCCUCGGCCCCAUGUUCCUGUACUUCUUCUACGGCAUGUACGACGCCAUCUGGCAGACUUGCAUCUACUGGUACAUGGGUGCGCUGUCCAACUCUGGUCGCAAGGCCGCCAAUCUGGCUGGUUUUUACAAGGGUAUCCAGUCUGCCGGUGCUGCCAUUUUUUGGCGUUUGGACGGCCUCCAGCUGCCUUUGAACACUAUUUUCGGCGCCACUUGGGGCUGCCUCGGCGCCUCUCUUCUCAUCGCUGCCCCCGUCAUCUUCAUGCGCAUCCAGGACCACGUUUCUGUCGAGGAGGAUCUCAAGUUCUCUGAUGAGACGCUUGAGGAUGUUAUUGCCGUCCCCGAGAAGCGCGUUGACCACGAGGCCUGA